AUGCUCAACGACAUCGUGUUCAUCCCGUCGGUGACAGUGAUCGUCUUCCAGGGCUACCGCGUGAUCGCCAACUCUUGGGAGGUAGGCGGUCGCCUGUAUGCUGUCUCCAAUGGAGGCGUGGUGGUGGCGCUCGACUACCCGCUCUGCCACUUUGAGCUGAGAUUGGUUGCCUCAGCAUCUGGCGAUGCAGUCAGCAGUGUGGCGGCUCCGCCUUCCUGGCUCGUGGUGUCCCGAGUGUCAGGCCCGACUUUGAUCAAGAAUGCCUCGUGGUGCCGACAGCAGGCGGCCCGGAUCGAGUGCCCUGAUCAGCAGCUUCAGUUGUCACAGUUGGCAAACAUCCACGCUCACUGGACGGCUGCGAUCGACGCGGGCACUGAGGAAGAGACUGGGCCAAGGAUCGGGGCGAUCGCCGUGGAGUCCCACCCGGAGAACCUGCACUUCACCUGCGAAAGCCCGCUCUACAAGGCUGGCAGGCACACGGUGGAGAUCGAGGCGCUCGCCCUCAACUUGCACAACAAGCAGGUCGAGGCGACAGUGGCGCCGCCGAUCUUGGACGCCACCUCCGUGCAGCCGGUGGAGAUCGCAAGCAACGCUCUGAAGUCUUUGCCGGCUCCGUCUCACAGGCAAGCUGCGCUGGCUCCAGUGCAUUGGGACGCCGAGUUCUCCAUGACCGAGCCAGGCGAAGCAGCUCCUCAAAAAGACGUGGACGACAACAGCCUGAUCAUGCCCGGCCGGAAGACCUUGGAGGAGAAGCGCAACCAAGCUCGCAGCAUGGCUACUAUGACGCCAGAUGCCUUCGUGAACUCGGUGGAGGGCGCUCGCUCGAGCUUCAUGGAGNNAACAACUCUGGUGCUCACCCGGAACGAUUAUACAAAUCCAGAGCAUGCGACCGCUCGCGUCAAAAAGAGGGUUCGGAAGGCUCUGCCUGCUGAUGCCCAUGACGUGCGGUCAGUUGUGCUCAAAGCGGUUCUCGCUGCUCCGCUGGCAAGUUUAGACUUUGUCUACUCGGUCGAGGCGGAGUCCGAGGGACAGUUCGCUGCCUCCAUCAUUGCUUGGGCUCCCGCAAUUGACAAGGAUGCUCUCGCAGUUUUCAGCCAGCGCACCCUCAUGCUCGAGCAAUUCUGGCUCUUGGCAAAGGCAGCAGAGACCCUCUUCACAGAGUCGUUCACCAUGCAGCUCGGCUUUGGACAAUGCUCGAAAGUUCGUAAGCGAGCUCAUGCUGAUGCCUUAGCUCUGCGCAGACAAGCCGCCGUGAAGUCGCUGCUCGCGAUGCCAAAGUCGGUUCCGAGACCGAAGCUGCCAACAUCAUCAACGAACAGCUCUACACCACUGCUCGACGCAGAGGCAGCUGAGAAGCAGAGGUGGGCCGCUCGGUUGGAGGCAGUGGCCGGUCGAGCCGGAGACCAUGCGGAGCUCAACAAGCACGAGGCGGGCGACGAAACGCUCACCGGCCCGGAAAGAGAAAGGAUCAAGAACCUGGUUCUCAGUUCUGGGGCUCCAAAGACGAUGGCGGUUCACAUCAGAAGGUGGGACAAGCUGGAGAGGUGGUGUUCAGCCAACUCGGUGGCGCUCUACCCGCUCACGAUCGAUGCUGUAGUCAAGUACGCGUUGUUCCUUGACUCCAAGGAGUGCGGGCAACUGUUAUCCCAUAAACGCCUUCUGGCUCUCGAGACGGAUGUCUUCCAGAAGCGUGCCAAGAUGAUCAAGGAGGCGAUCGCCAUGCCCUUUGAGGUCGUGCAGGCAAUGGAAAAGUUUGUCUGCUCCGGAAAGGAACCGGCAGCCGCUCGGAUCUUCGCCUGGUGGCUGCUCUGCAUGGUCUUUGCUUCGCUCAGGUUCGACAAGGCUCGAGAUGAGGCCAGACGUUGGGCUGCUCGGCGUUGCCUGGCAGACGAAGGUCGAAAGAAAGCGGAGGGGGACGAAGUUCACCAGCUCUUCAACGUCGCCAGCGUGCCCGAGAGAGACUUCUGGGUGCCCGACCUGAAUACGGUCGAGGUCUUUAACAGCUUCCCGCCGGACUACAACCGCUCGGUGCUUUGGUUUCGAUGGCUGGCGCACGAUGCCUUCACCAAGUACGGCACGAUCGCGCCGCCCAAAGCAACUUCCGACAAGAUCAAGACCUUCACCAUGCACUCUCCUCGGGUGACCAUGCUCGACGCUGCGGUUCACCAAGGUCGAACGCCUCAGGAGAUCGGGUUGCAAGCGAACUGGAAGGAUCCAGGUCCCAUGGUCCUCAAGUAUACCCGCAAUCGCUCCACGAUACCGGCUGUGAUGAUGCAACAGCUCGUUGCGGACUUGAAGGACGCGUUCGCGCCCAAAUGCGUCUCCAAGGACGAUCUUGUGGAUGAAGGGGACGACGAUCUACUUCCCAUUGCAGAGUUCUUUCUCAAGAUACCUGACGGCUCGGCCUCUAGCUACGAGUACAAGUACCAUUGCUCGUCCAAGGCGGACUACCAGGUCGUGGCAUGCGGUAGGCUGUCUGCCGAUGAGUGUGUGCAUGUAGGACACUUGCUGCCGGAUCCUGGCCUACUUUGCAAGCUAGGCUCGGUGCCUGAUCUGGCAGUUCGUCAGAUUUUUGGCAGGCAGAAGCUUCCAGAGAACCUGUGCUUGCUCAUGGCUGACUCCUCCCUGCUCUCGAUCGAGAGGAUCGCGAUGUUGGGGGACACCAUCUCCCCGGCCAAGACUACGCUCAAGGCCAUUGUCAAUGAUGAUACAAAGUUCGGAGCAGACAACGCCGCUCGCGAGCUGUCGUUGACCUUGUUGGCGGCCGUCUGGAAAGCAUCGGCAGCCCUUCAAGACCAUACGGCCGCUCGGCGAGCCAAAAUGGAAGAAGAUCCGAGUAAGAUCCCGGAAAUCCCAGGUGAAGACCACGCCGAAUUCCGUGAGACGUUCGUCUCCGCUCACCCAGACGUCAUCCUCACCUACAUGCGAGAGCCCCAUCGCAAGUUCGUGGAGCGGAUCUACCGGGACUACAUGGUGCACGGCUCCGUCAGCUACUACGAGGUGGCCGAGAUGCGUACACGCAGCGAUCGCCUGGUCCAGACCACGGGCUUCAGCAAGACCUCCGAGGAUCUGCUCAAGGUGGUUCAGCACGACAACAAGGCUGCGAUCGCGGCGGAGUCCGACGUCUUGGACGGCUUGCAUGCGUUCUUUGUGGCGCUCAAUUACCUGAACACCUGCGAUUUCACCUUUGCCGCGGGCCCCCUGCGGUACCUCUCGGAGCUCGAAGAAUGGAGGCAUGAGAACAGAGGCCUCUGGAACGACGCACGCUCGUCCGCGGAGGUGGAGAAGUUCCAGCAAGCUCAGGCCAGUGCUCCACAAACACCGGCCAAGCGUGGGCGUUCGCCGGAUGCUUCCACACCUCCUCCACCGAACAGGCCUCCGGGCAGCCGCGCUCGCAAGAACAAGCUGCGCCGGGAGCGCCAGAAGGAGAUGGUCAAGAAGUACAAAGAAGGCUCCAAAGGCGGGCUCGAGGACAAGCCAGCGGACAAGAACACCAAGGUCCCGGACAAGGAAUGGAAGACCAUCACUUCGUUCAAGUACAAUGGACGGCGCAGGUGCCCCUUCUACAACUGCUCGUUGGGGUGCCGCUUCGGAGAUCAGUGCAAUAACUUGCACGCUUGCGUUCAGUGCGGCCAGGCACACCCCUGGCACGGCAACCACUGA